CAUCUGCGUGCGGUGUUUCAAGUGCUUUUACAAAUUUUAGAGACUGGACACAGAUAUUCAGUGUACUUUAUCAUGUUCCUCCAAAAAUAAGACAAACAAAACAAAAACACUGUUGUGCACACAACGCAAUUGAGUAAAUAGAGAUGACAAACAGUCCAACCUUUCUUUUUAAUCCACAGCAACGACUCUGAGGUAAAUGACUCGAGGCAUCAACUGUUUCAUACAAUUUGGAAAGCUAGUUUAACCGGCCCACGUAAAAGAGCUUGUUUAAUAUCGAACUGGAUUACGGCUAACGUUUGCCCAGUUGAAAGAAAACUACAAAGUCCAGAGUGCUGUGCAGGGGGAGGGUCCGUGUCCGAAAGAAACAUGAACUAUGCUAGAUUUUUGACAGCUGUGAGCAAAGCACGGAAACCAUCACCUAUCCGGAUAUUGACUGAGCUUCAGCAAAGAUCUCCUCCAACUUUGAUAUCCCUGGCCGGAGGGGCACCAAACCCCAACACCUUCCCCUUUCAGUCAGCCACCAUCAAAGUGAAGGGUGGAAAUGAUGUUGUGUUCGAUGAGACUGUGAUGAAGAGAGCGCUUCAGUACUCUGGCUCCUGCGGUAUUCCAGAGCUGAUUUCAUGGAUGAAGGACCUUCAGAAGCAUCUCCACAAUCCUCCUACAGCCAGCUACAGCCCAGAGAGAGGACAAAUGGAUUUGUGUGUAACCACAGGCAGCCAAGAGGGGCUCUGCAAAAUAUUCGAGAUGCUAGUUAAUUCUGGUGACAACGUCCUUCUUGAUGCACCCACAUACCCAGGAACAUUAGCAGCUCUUCAACCACUGGGCUGCAACAUCAUUAAUGUGUCGAGUGAUCAAUAUGGAAUAAUCCCCGAAAACCUCAAGGCAGUUCUGGCACAGUGGGACCCAGCAGAUGUACAAAAGACAAGUAGUAAUGUACCAAGAGUUCUAUACACUAUUCCCAAUGGAGGCAAUCCAACUGGAGCAUCUAUGACUUUAGAUCGGAAACAGGAAGUCUACAAGCUUGCAAGGAAAUAUGAUUUGCUUAUCAUUGAAGAUGACCCAUAUUAUUUUCUUCAGUUCCAAAAACCAUGGGCAUCAACAUUUCUCUCCAUGGACGUUGAUGGACGUGUCCUUCGAACUGACUCUUUCUCUAAAAUACUGUCAUCGGGGUUGAGGGUAGGAUUUGUCACUGGGCCUAAACCAUUGGUGGACAGAUUGGUACUGCAUAUACAGGCCUCCACAAUGCACACCAGCACCUUCACACAGCUGAUGAUCUCUCAGCUGCUCCAUAGCUGGGGUAAAGAUGGAUUUCUUAACCACAUUGAUGGGGUCAUUGAGUUUUACAGAUGUCAGAGGAAUGCAAUGCUCUCCUCAGCAGACAAAUGGCUUAAAGAUGUAGCUGAGUGGCAUCCUCCCAUGGCUGGCAUGUUCCUCUGGAUUAAACUUAAGGACAUUAAAGAUACACAACAGCUUAUCAUGGAGAAAGCUUUGGAGAAAGAGGUUCUUCUGGUACCUGGAGGAGUGUUUAACAUCAACAGCUCAGAUCCAUCAUCGUAUGUUAGAGCGGCCUUUUCUCUCUCCACACCUCAACAGAUCGAUGAGGCUUUUAGGAGACUCGCUGAUCUUAUUAAGGAUGCCAUGGGAGCAACAUUCACAGAAGGGGAGAAUUAAGGAUUAUAUUACACAGUCAAAAACAUGCCACACGGACAAUCGGAAAUUCCAUAAACCUCCAUAAUGACAUCACUUUUCUACCUUAUUCCACUUUAAAAACAUUUUUUCAGCUUCCAGUCACCUAUUAGAUGAAUCAAACUUCACUAUAUAAGCUACAUUAACAGUAUUAAAUAGUUUUUAAGCAUUAGGAGUUGGUUUACAAUAAAAAUAGAUACACCUCUACAAAGAGGUGUAUUUUAUUUUUUAAGGAGCACCUAUUGUCCGAUUCAAGAUGUCCUUUGGUGUUUAAGUGUGUAUUAGUGUUAACGAUAUGAAAAAGUACAAACCCAAAGUAAACGAUGACAUGAGUUAACAUUUCUCUUUUCUUCGACUGCAACAAACAAAUGGAUUGUAGGCAACAGUUUACUUCCUGCGAUUAGUGAUGUAGACAAGACCAACAUUAUCAUAAUUCCUCCCGCUUCUGAUUUACAGCCUGCAAGUUAACUCCGGUUAACAACCGAAUCUUUCAAACAUGAUAAGGAGCGUCACGUUUCCCGCUGAAUUGAGUGAUGUAAUUAUGCAACGUGAACAUCAUUGAAAAGCUGCAAACCCCAACCGCAGUUUUUGCAAGUUCAUGCUGUUUUUGCAAAGUCCCACAAAUAUUUUUUUUUGGCAAUGAUAUAGGUGUAGAAUAAAGACAUUUAACUGCAAGAA